GAUAUCGACUUCGGCUGCUUGUCCCGAAGCCGUCUUGUGGGGACAGAAGCGAGCGAAACCCUUCAUACAUGUGCCCAGGCGCACCUAUCGCAUCCAUACGCACAUACAUAUCGCUCGAGACGCCUGCCUGCCGACGACACCGCCUCUGACGACACCGCCUCCGACCCAUUCCCGUUCUUCUCCAGCGCACAGUUGAUGGCUCGACAUGUCUUCCCAAACUGAGCCGGCCGCCCAGCCGGGCGCGGACCCGUGGAACGAGGAGACCAAGCGCAAGUUCCAAAACAAAUCCAAGAGCGAGUAUCUCGAUCCCUGCCAGGAAGCCGCCGCGCGGAGCUUCCGAUGCCUCAACCGAAACGAAGGGGAUAGGCAGAUGUGCACCGAUUACUUCGAGGCAUAUCGCGCAUGUAAAAAAGAAUGGAUCGAUAAGCGUAAGAAAGAAGGGAGGUCCUUUUUCGGUUAGGGCGGAGAACUCGAAGACGGGCCGAGCGAGCAUCGCAAGAACAGGACAUGGAGGUGACACCUAGGUGUAGAUGAACGGGGGGUACGGCGAGCUAAAGCAACGGCACGACGACCAUGGAUACAACGACGACGGCGGUGACGACGGGAUCAUUGGCGCAAUAGCACUACAUAUGUACACAUAAAACACUUGACGAGGGAGAGGUGCCGGAUAUGACGGCGUAGAAUUCCGCUCCUCACGAAGCCAUAGAUAGCCACCGGCGAGGUGUGGAAGUGUGGGAGGGGUGUAAGAGAAAGACCUUGGCUAUCUACGCACGCGAACCCGCUGACCUGAUGAGCGAUUGCCGACCCCACGGAUUCGUGUCCCGCACCCUUUCUACGAGACAGGACAGGACGACAGGGCAUACCUAGGUAGAGAGGCAGGUAUAGAAUCUUCCUGCGCCAGCCCACGCCACACACCUCCCUGUCUACAAGCCAUCGCAGAGGCAUUGGAAG